GCGCUGCUGAGUUGAAGCGCAACAGCCCGGAGAGCGCAGCAGCGACUUCACCGCUGCAACUUUGAUGACAGGGUUUUUUGGAGCCGUGGAUGAGCGCGUUUGAAGAGCCUUGCUGGUGAAGACAAGGGAGUCGAGUCUCGACCUGUGGUUCCCUCUCUGCCAGUCGGAUCAAAAUGAAAUUCCUGAUUUGUGUGAUAGCAGUCGCCGUGGCGGUGAGAUCUGCGCACGGAGGUACAAAUGACGGGCCAUGUGGAGGACUGGACUGCAGCGGCGGAUGCAAGUGCAACCCGGAGAAAGGCAGCAGGGGUCGUCCUGGGGCUCUCGGGGAGGUUGGACAGAGCGGAGCUGAGGGACAACGUGGGUCUGUGGGGCCUAUGGGGCCUAAAGGAGAGAAGGGCCACAUCGGACUGAAAGGACCAUCUGGCCCUAAAGGAGACAAAGGACCAAUGGGAGUGCCUGGAUUCCAAGGAAACGAUGGAGUACAUGGUCACCCUGGUCAGCAGGGCAGCAGAGGACCAUCAGGAUUUGAUGGUUGUAACGGGACUAGAGGAGAACCUGGAGAUUCCGGCUUUGGAAUAGGAAGACCUGGAAGUCCUGGAUUUGCUGGACCUACUGGGCCGAAAGGACAGAAAGGAGAGCCGCGAUUCGUCUCAGAAAACAGACAAUCGAGUUUCCCAGGUCCACCAGGAGCCAACGGUCAACCUGGAAUCAGAGGUCCUGAUGGUGCACGUGGAUAUGUUGGUCCAAGCGGGCCCGAUGGUUUCCCUGGCCCACCCGGUCCUCCUGGUCCCCCAGGGCUCAUGGGGAGCCGUAGUGACGGAUAUCAAGGAGAGAGAGGAGACAAGGGCGACGUGGGUCUUCCUGGACCCAGUGGUACUCCUGGCGACGGGUCACUAAGAAGCGAACAAACUCUCACUAUCUACAAAGGAGACAAGGGUGAAGAAGGCCGAAAGGGUGUCAGAGGAUACACUGGCGGUCCUGGCCGGCCUGGACCUUUUGGCUAUCGUGGUGAACUUGGAGAGAAAGGCAUUCCAGGUUACCCUGGUGGAAGAGGUGCUCCUGGUUUUAAUGGACCUCCUGGUGGUCCAGGACAACAGGGACUUGGAGGUAACCCAGGAUUCCAAGGCCAACCAGGAUACAUAGGACCCAAGGGUGACCAGGGAGAACAAGGACUACCCGGACCUCCUGCUUAUGUUUCUGAUAUUGGCACCUCUGUUCAAGGAGAACAAGGUACUCCAGGUUACAAUGGCCGCUCCGGGGCCUCUGGUGACCAGGGACCUCCAGGAUUCCCAGGACCACCAGGCCAACCUGGAAUUGGUGGUUUUGGAUCAGGUGCUGGAACUCCAGGUUUCCCCGGGACCCCAGGCCCAAAGGGAGAGAAAGGUGGCCCAGGUGUACCAGGCUAUGGCGCAGAAGGACUCCCCGGUUCUCCAGGACUUCCAGGACCUCCUGGCCCUCCUGGACCUCAGGGUCCUACCAGUUCUCCCGGUGGUCCCAUUAGUUACAAUGGAGAGCCUGGGAGACCUGGCCCCAGAGGAGAGUCUGGUAACACAGGAUACAAAGGCUACAGAGGUGACCCUGGCGACUGUGCCUGCCUAGGUGGAGGCACCUCUGGGUUACCUGGGUUGCCUGGAUCCCCAGGAAUUAACGGCAGUCCUGGGUUUCCUGGUCGAAAGGGUGAAUAUGGUGACCCUGGCUCUCCUGGCUUUGGUGGCGUUCAAGGACCUCCAGGUCGUGCUGGUGAAAGGGGAUACUUUGGACGUAAGGGAGAGAAGGGGACAUCUUUCUACCCCGACCUCGGUUUGGGGAUAAAGGGAGAGCUCGGAGUUCCUGGACCCAGAGGACCUACAGGUGAAACUGGAAAACCCGGAAGAGAUGGACUUCCUGGUUUUCCUGGAUCCCCUGGAACCCCAGGUGAUGCUGGCUUUGGAACAGUUGGAGAGAAAGGUUUCCCAGGAUACCCAGGCGCCAAGGGUCUUCCUGGUGGUCCCGGUGAGCCUGGUGUUGGCUACAUUGGAACACCAGGCUUCCGUGGAGCUGAUGGAGAUCCUGGUAUACCUGGGUUACCAGGACAACCAGGUUUACCUGGACCAAGAGGCCAAGUGCUGCCUUGCUCUAUUCCUGGUGAGGAUGGAGACCCCGGUUACCCUGGUAUCCCAGGACGACCAGGUCCGAAAGGGCAGCCAGGUUUCCCAGGAGGCACUGGACGUCCAGGGUUUGACGGCCCCAAAGGAGAUAGAGGAGACCCUGGUUUUGGUGGCCAACCUGGACCUCAAGGUUUUCCGGGACCCAGAGGGGAUUCUGGACUUCCAGGUGCACCAGGAGAAUCUUUUGACGGAGGCCGGGCGAAGGAUGGAGUUCCAGGGCGUCCUGGAGCCAAGGGUCAGCCUGGAGAAGUGUUAGGAGCCACACCUGGAGCUCCAGGACGGGAUGGUUUGCCUGGAAUACCAGGAGACAAGGGCCAGCCGGGGACCCCUGGAGGACCUGGAUUUCCUGGUAGUGAUGGCCGCUCUGGUGUUCCUGGACGGAAGGGAGAGCGCGGUGUUGACGGCCUUUCUGGUAUCCCAGGCCCUCCAGGACCCCCAGGCGAGCCGACCGGGGGUAUUACAGGUCGGCCCGGAGCUCCUGGAAACCAAGGACUGAGCGGACCACCAGGUUUCCCUGGCCGCAAGGGAGAUAGAGGAGAUCCAGGUUUCCCAGGACCUGCAGGAAUGAAGGGAACCCCAGGACUGCCUGGUACCUCUGGAACUCCAGGGCCAAGAGGACCCCCUGGACCACCUGGACCAGGAACCAGAGAUGGAAUCCCUGGUGCACCAGGAUUUAAGGGUGAGAGAGGUUUCCCAGGAUUGAUGGGCUUCCCUGGACUACCUGGUCGCCCUGGAUCUCCAGGGUUUCCGGGACAAAAAGGACUGAAUGGAGGGCCUGGAAGAGACGGUUACCCCGGUGGCCCAGGAUUCCCUGGACUGAAAGGUGACAGAGGAUAUCCUGGUCCCGCUGGUCCGCCCGCACCUGUUUAUAGAUCAGAGUUUGUUGAGAGAGGAGAAGUUGGAACCCCCGGUUCCAACGGUCUUCCUGGCUUCCCUGGACCCAGAGGUGACAAAGGUCUGCCAGGUCUGCCUGGUCGUCAGGGUCUGCCUGGACUUCCUGGUUACGCUGAGCAGAGUAAAGGACAGCCUGGAGAUCGUGGAUUUCCUGGGAGACCUGGAGGCCCAGGCUUCCCUGGACCAAAGGGAGAAGCUGGAAUCAAUGGAUUCCCGGGCAUGUCUGGACCAAGGGGUGAUGAUGGUGGACUUGGUCUUCCUGGAAACCCUGGAGAAUCGGGUCGUCCUGGCACUAAAGGUCUACCUGGAGAUAGUUAUGGUUAUCCUGGAGGUCCCGGUGCCAAAGGCCAGCCAGGAGAUCCAGGAUUCCCAGGCGGUCGUGGCAAUGAUGGCGCUCCUGGUGACAAUGGUUUUCCUGGAAAUCCAGGUUACUCUGGACAGAAGGGAGCUCCUGGUGAAGGAGGACGGCCUGGAAUAAUGGGCUCUCCUGGAUUCCCCGGGCAAAAGGGCCUGCCCGGUUACCCAGGCAGAAGGGGAGAAGAUGGGAUUCCUGGGGGUCCCGGGGGUUCUGGAGGUCCUGGAGCCAAAGGUUUGCCUGGAUCCUCUGGGUUGGAUGGACUUAAUGGACUUGGUGGACCUAAAGGCCUUCCUGGAACCCCAGGUGUGAGUGCAGGAGGUCGCCCGGGUGCUCCUGGUAUUCCAGGCCAAAAGGGAGAGAGAGGUGUUUCCUACCCAGGAGUUCCAGGCUACCCAGGACCAAAAGGAGAAAGAGGAGAUUCAGGUGGAUCUGGACUCCCAGGGUUCCCUGGUCGACCCGGACCUCCUGGUUCAACUGUGGGGUCUGAUAUUCCUGGACCUUUGGGAGACCCUGGCCUUCCUGGACUCGAUGGAGAGUAUGGUUUCCAAGGUCCUCCAGGUCGUCCUGGGCCUCCUGGUCCAGGCUCUAUUCAGGGAGACAGAGGGGACUCAGGUCUCCCGGGCUUCCCUGGAUCCCCCGGCAGGAAAGGAGAACCAGGCCUACCUGCAGGCCCAGGACUCCCCGGCAGUUUUGGUUUCAAAGGAGAAAGAGGUGUGACUGGCUACAGCGGAGGUCCUGGUCUUAAAGGUUAUCCUGGUGACUCUGGUUUCUAUGGAAACAAAGGAGCAAAGGGACUAAGAGGGCGUCCUGGUCGUAAAGGCAUUCCUGGAAUCACGCUGUCUGUGCCGCCGACAGACAUCAGGCGACCCGGAGAAAUGGGCUAUCCUGGUGACAACGGGUCCCCUGGUGGUCUUGGAGAGCCUGGUCAGCCAGGAAUACCCGGACGCCCAGGUUCUAAAGGCCGUCCAGGCUCUGUGGGUAAACUUGGUAGGACUGGAACUGGUGGUCUGCCCGGACCUAUUGGUGACCCCGGACCACCUGGUUUCCCUGGACCCACUGGAGAACAAGGUCUUCCUGGUACAGCCGGUCGUCCCGGCUCUCCUGGUAGCGUCGGUCGCAGUUACAGCAUUGGCUACACUCUGGUGAAGCACAGCCAGGACUCCCAGGUGCCCAUGUGUCCACAGGGCAUGGCCAAGCUGUGGGAUGGAUACAGUCUGCUGUACGUGGAGGGCCAGGAGAAGGCACACAAUCAGGACCUAGGUCAGCCAGGGUCAUGCCUCCCCAGGUUCAGCACCAUCCCCUUCCUCUACUGCUCCCCCAACGAGGUCUGCUACUACGCCAGCCGUAACGACAAAUCCUACUGGCUCUCUACCACUGCACCAAUACCCAUGAUGCCUGUGGCUGAGGAGCAGAUACGCCCUUACAUUAGCAGGUGCUCUGUGUGUGAGGCUCCAUCUCAGGCCGUGGCGGUCCACAGUCAGGACAUGACAAUCCCCACCUGUCCACCCGGCUGGAGGAGUCUCUGGAUAGGAUACUCCUUCCUCAUGCACACAGCAGCCGGCGCUGAGGGCGGCGGUCAGUCCCUGGUGUCUCCCGGUUCUUGCCUGGAGGAUUUCCGCGCCACGCCAUUCAUCGAGUGCAACGGUGCCAAGGGUACCUGCCACUACUUCGCUAACAAGUACAGCUUCUGGCUCACCACCGUGGAUCCAACCCAGGAGUUUGUCUAUUCGCCAGCACAGGAGACCCUGAAGGGAGGCCAGGAGCGCUCCAGAGUCAGCCGCUGCCAAGUCUGCAGCAAGCUCUUGUAGUAGGAGGAGGGGAAACGUCAGGAGGUGACAUAUUAACAACUUCAAGGAUCCAAGAAGAGAUGUCGAUUUAUAAGGAAAUCUAUAAAUAAAAGAAAGAACACGUGACUGACUGAAAAUGAGCCCCUCUCCUGCUUUUGAUCAGCUUUGGGAUGAAUGGCUUGUUUAAAAAAGAAAGAAAAAAGAGUUGGAGGGAGUGAACGGAAAGAAGAGAAGGGCUUCAGUGUGAUUGCUCUUCUCUAGAUUAUCACUGACAAUGGUGCUAUUGUUUAAUGUUCUGUGUGUUUAUUUUGUCUAUUUUCUCGUUACGUUUUUUGGCGGGAAUCAUUCUCGGCUACCUCGGAGAGUGCAACCCCCCUUUGGAUAGCACUGCACCGCUUACACACUAGGGCUGGACGUCUUCUUCAGAUUAGUCAGGUCAGACAAUAAAGGAAAACACUGCUAUGUUUGAAAAACUGGAUAAAACCAUAAACUGUAUAUUAUAAGUGGACGUAGCCGCGAUGUGUUACUUUUUUCUGUUGUACCACUUCACCAUGUGGCGGGCAUUUUAGCCGUUAGCGAUUAAUGUUAGCACUAGCCCUUAAUUUAAUAUUUUAAUUAAAUGAAAUUAAGUAAAUUGGUUACAUAAAUUAAGUAAAGAAACGCUUCAAGUAAAAACUUUCCUUUACCCUGAAUAUGGACGAGAGGGGUCAUCGGCUAACGCUAGCUGGGUUAGCAAGUUACGUCCUAAAUUCAGAGUAACAGUGAUAUGAAUGUCUUAAUUUAGCUAGCUAAAAAAAAAAGCUUUUUUAAAAGUGUACUGAUACAAAGCAAUUCAACAAUCCACUCCUAAGAGAGUAUUUUAGCGCAAAUAAAUACUGAAUGAUGCAUUUUCAGUUGACAACAGUAGCAACUUGUCAAUCAAAAGGUUGCAAUGCAACUAAAGUUUUUUUGGGGGGGAGGGCUAAAAUGUCAAGUCAACAACAUACUUUAUUAAAGAAGAAUUGAAACUAGCAAUCAGAACAAUGAACGCCAUACUAUCAAGUGGACAUUAUAAAGAAGAUAGGUCUGAAGCACUUAGCGUUAGCUUCACUUUUAAACACCUUGAAGCUUUGUCCAUUUCUUCUAUACAGUCUGCGGUUUAACUGAAGGUCUCGACGGUGGAGUUUGGUGUUUUUCUUUUUUUUGACAGCUGAUCUAACUGAAGUAGACGCUAUUCUGACGUGGUUCUCUGUUCAAACACACCAUUAAGUGAAACAGCCAUUAAAAAUAACGAUGCUUAUUUUUGUAUUUUCUGCCAACUACAAUCACUUUAACUGCAGUGAUGUUCAGAUAAAAACGGUUUCAACUUUGUACACGCAAAGUUACCAAUUGCAGUCCUUGCUAACUUUACAAUGCAUGUUUCAUAUACACUCUGUAUAUUAUGGUGCUACUUCACCCUGACAGUUGACUUGAAAGGCAACAUUUACAUUAACUUUUAUACAUGAACUGCAUUCAUUUAAAUGGCUAAGCAGCACUUCUCCUCAAAAGAUGGAGCCUCUGAAACAGCUAACUGUAGUAAUAAAAGACCUGACGGAGGCCACUCAUUCAUAUAUAUUGCACUGAUGUAACCUCUUAAACUUACAAACGAUAACAAUGAGUCCAAUAAAAGGGCAAACCUACUCAAUCGUUUCACCUUCACAAGCUUUCAUUUGUACGUCGUGACCAAAAUCGUGUUUUGUGUUCUCAUUAUCACAGUAAAGUUGGUGUUACAUUUUGAAACAGAAAACCAAACACACAUACACUCUCUCUCUCUCUCUCCCUCUCUCUGACAGAUUGUUAAUUAUUGCUGUACAUAAAGAGUGCUUAUUGGGUUUCCAGGCAAAGUAUGUUAGAGCACGUCUGAUAUGCUGUUUGCCGUUUAUUUUUAUUGUCAUUUAUUUUGUUAUUUUUCAGUCUGUGUGUCUUUUUUCUGUCGCUGGAUUAAAAAAAAGAGGAAGAAUUUACUCGUUUUUAGAUCACAACUGAACAUUUCUUACAUUGAUUUUUAUUUGAAAUUUAAACAGAGUUGAACUGGUUUAAUCCUCUUUUCUUUCUUUUUUUUAUCCUCGGACAGUGAAAGCUACUGGGUGACUUGUAACCACUAUGACCACUGUGUCGAGCACAUAGCUCUGUCUCUCUGUUGGUAGCCCUGAUUUUAUGUCACAUUUUACCUUUUUGUUUUUGUUUGAUUUGAUUCCCCGUCUUCCUUCGACUUCCUUUGUUGUUUUGUAAUCUAGAUUGUAAUUAUUUUACUUUAGUCAUCAUGAUACUAUCCCCUGGUUUUAUUUACUGCAAUGGGAGGGAGUGGGGAGAUAAUAACGUGUACAUUAAAUAUUAAAUGGGGGAGAAAAAAAAAAGCCUUUUAGGAUGAUGUUUUUAUAUGGAAAGUAUAUUCUAUUGCUGACGGUUUAAACAGAUGGAAAGACAGGUGUAUUGUCUGUUUGGUCUCUACGCCAUAUUUCACGCAGCAAUGAGUGCCUGGAGUGACAAAAUAAAGAAAUGCAGUUUUCCUCAAAGAGGAUCCAUAACACAUAAGAAAGUGGUCAUAACAUGUCUCAUACGGCUAUGUGUAUUUUUAUGCUCACACACUUUGAAAUAAAGUCUCUAAACUAA